AUGUGGGAGAAUCGCCUCGGCCUCAGGAAUACGUUGGAAGUAAAGAUCACGCUUAAUAGCAGUUGUGUGAAAAGUGCAAAAAAUGAUACCGGCCGGGGUCGAACUCUUAAACCCCGCUUUGAAAGACCGACGCUCUCCCCCCAGGCUAUGAUUCUGGCGGAGUCUCGUUUCAGCAGUGUAGUACAAGACACGCCUAUUACUAUUAAUACACGUGACUUUCACGUGACAUACCAUGCUAUUAUAUUUUCACGUCUAAAAUACGUUCCCAACCUAAACGGACCCGUUAUACACGUGUUUCUAGGCCAUAUAAACGUGCUUUGA